AUGAGCACUGGUAACAGAAUUCUGCGCGUGGGCGUAAUUGGAUGUGGUGAAAUCACCCAGGUUGCACAUAUCCCAACCCUCGGCUUCCUAUCCGAUUACUUCCAAAUCACCUACCUCUGUGAUGUCUCAGACGACGCACUUAACCAUUGCAAAGGCAAAGUCAUGGGAGCAACUCCCAAAACAACCCGCAACGCAGAGGAUGUUUGUGCCUCUCCAGACGUGGAUGUUGUGAUGAUCGCCAACAGCGAUGCUUUCCAUGUGCCUCACACCCUGCUGGCGCUGCGAUACAACAAGGUUGUCUUCAUAGAAAAGCCCAUGGCCCUCUCUUUGAAAGAUGCCGACACCAUUAUCGAACUAGAGAAGCAAUCCUCCGGCAAGGUAAUGGUCGGAUACAUGAGACGUUAUGCAGCCGGUUUCCUCGAUGCCGUCCGCGAAAUCGGGUGUCUAGACAACAUUCACUACGCGCGUGUACGGGACAUUGUCGGGCCCAACUCUGCCUUUGUCGGACAGUCUGGCACCUUCCCGAAGGUCUUCUCGGAUUACAAGCCCGAGGAUUCGAAGGACUUGUCCUCCAGAACCAACGAGUUUCUCGAGCAGGCCUUGUUUCGUGAACUCGGUAUUCCAGUGACACCGGCUACUGCGCUUCAGUGGAGGCACUUGGGGAGCCUGGGCUCGCACGAUCUUAGUGCGAUGAGAGAGGCUCUGGGUAUGCCGACUGCUGUGCUUGGUGCUUCGCUGUGCGCGACUGAAGGCCCGCCCUUCUGGAGUGCUUUGUUCCAGUACCCUUCUUUCGCUGUCUCGUACGAGUCUGGUAUCGAUGAAAUUCCCCGUUUUGAUGCAUCGAUCGAGGUCUUUGGUAAACAGAAGACUGUAAAGGUCUGCUUUGACUCUCCUUACGUUAAAGGCCUGCCGACCAACAUGUAUAUCCGCGAACGACUGGCCGACGGAUCUUACAAGGAAUCGCUAUUUCGAAAAACUUACGAGGACGCCUACACGUUGGAGAUGAAGGAGCUCUAUGCAUUUGUUGUUGAUGACAAGCCGGUUAAAACCACUCCUGAGGAUGCCAAAAAGGACCUUGAGAUCUUCGGUAUGAUCAUGAAGGCAGGAUUGGCAGGAUGA